AUGAGUGAAUUAAAUGAUUUUGAUCAAUUUAAUUUUAACAGUUAUGAACAUUUUAGUAAUAAUAAUACAAUUGAUAAUAUUCUCAACAAUGAUAGUUAUGAAAAAAGUGAAUUAGAUAAAUUAAAAAAUUUAAAUGAUAACUUUAAUCAAAAUAUAAAUUACAAUAGUAUGAACAGUUCAUUAAAUGAUUUUAAUAGAGAUAUUAAUACAGUCAAAAGAGAAAAUGAGAGUUCUAGUAGUAAUAAUAAAUACAACACUAGCAAAAAUGAAAACUCUAAUAAAAGCAUAACAUUUCCACGAAAAGAAAGUAAAAUGUCUUUUGAAAAUUCUUAUGAACAAUUUUUUGAAAAAGAAUCAGAUAUAUCAGACACAGAAGAAUCCAACAUUUGGGAAAUCGAAAGAUUAAAAAGAAUAGAGGAGAGAAAAGAAUAUGAAAAAAGAAAAAAAAUAGAAAUAAAGGAAAAAGCGGCAGAAGAUCUAAAGAAAUGGUAUGAAGAAAUGGCCGUUAAAAUUGAAGAAAAAAAAAAAUUAUUUAACAAACAAAAAUCGGAAGAAAAAAAAAAAGAAGAAAAUUUAGAAAAUAAAACAUGGUUAAAGGUCUCUCAGUAUUUAGAUUUUGAAAAAGGUGAAUAUUUUAAAGAAAACAGCAGAAUAAAACAAAUUCUAUUAAAAUUAAUAAAAAAGGAAAAUUCUUAA